AUGCUUACGGCAGCGGCCACCCAGCUCCCCUUUUUUCCACCCACACACCAACGGCGCCGUGCACAAUGGUCGUCACGUGAAGACUUGGGACUGUUACAAACCGUUCUAAAACACAAACACUUGCUCACUGUAACGGACAUCGCCGAGUAUCCGCGCUCACGUAAGCUAUUCUGGCAUCACGUACGAGCCGCGCUCCUGGAAACGCAUCACGUGGAAAUGAACAGACGACAAUGUCGUGACAGAUUUCGACUACUAUACCAAAGAUCUCAAUCCAGGGCCCAAUACUGUACGCAGCUGCCGCCCGCGUCCCGUGCCGAGGCGCUCGGAGACGAAUGCACCCGUGUUUUCCGCUUCAACGAGAACCGCGAGCUGGUGAUUGCAGAUCUCCACGCUUCUGAAAUGACACAGGCGUCGUCGUCGUCGUCGCCGCUGCAACCGUUCUACAGCUCAACUAUGACGCCAAUAAAGGAGGAUACCGUUCCUGCGCCUUUGUCGUCGUCCUCGUCGCCCGUGAUAUCAUCUUCCACGACACUGUCGUCGCUCGAAAUUCAAACGAUCUGCACUGCAAUUGCAGGACUACAGCACCAGCUGGGCCAGCUGUCCCAACAGCUAGACACUCUCACGCAAACGGUCGCGCAAGUGGCGCAGAUGGCGCUGUGUCCGCGGGAUGAAGUGGUUGCGGAACGCACUGCUGGCCAGUACGUGGCGGAUCAAACACGCCGUUCUUGCACGGGGAUGCAAGUUUGGCCGCUGGACUACCAAGCGCCUCCAGCGCACGAGCCACCUACGUUUCGCUACCCGCAGUAUGCGGAAAAUUAG